AUGGCACUAUUCGAGGCUUUAUAUGGGAGAAAAUGUAGAAGUCCAAUUUGUUGGAACGACAUUAGUGAAACUAUGAUUCUUGGGCCUCAAAUGAUUGAGGACACAGUCAAGCAAGUAAGGGAAAUUCAAUCUAAAAUCCAAGCAGCUCAAUAUCGCCAAAAGAGUUAUGCAGACUUAAAGCGAAGAGAAGAAGCAUUUGAAAUUGGCGAUAAGGUGUUACUAAAAGUGUCUCCAAUGAAAGGAGUGAUGAGAUUUGGGAAGAAAGGAAAGCUCAGUCCUAAAUACAUCAGUCCAUAUGAAAUACUACAAAGAAUAGGCAAAGUAGCGUAUAGGUUAGCCUUACCUAUGGAGCUUAGUAAAGUACAUGACGUAUUUCAUGUGUCCCAAUUGAGAAGGUACAUCCCCGAUAAAUCCCAUGUGCUACAACCAGAAACCAUCGAGUUAAAUCAAAGUUUAACCUAUGAAGAGAGACCUGUCAAGAUUCUUGACAAUAAAGUGCGUAGUACACGCAACAAGAACGUUAAGAUUGUAAAAGUACUUUGGUCUAACCAAGAAUAUGAGGAAGCCACUUGGGAAGCAGAGGAUGAAAUGAAAAAGAAUUACCCAGAGUUGUUUCAGUUAUUUUUGUGCUCUUUGCACGAAUUUAAACAAGUAUUUCGAGUAUUUAUGCUCUCAAAGAGACAUAAAACAGUAAAGAAGUGA